AUGUGUUUAAUGGGAAUACAAAUACAAGCUUUUGUGGACACUCAUAUAGUAUCUAAGUCCAAUCAAGUUGAUUGCUUUGGUCUGGGAAAAACAGUAGCCGCAACAUUGGAGUUGUUUUUCAUAAGUAAACCCAAUGGAACGAAUGCUCUGGAUGUGCAAUUUUUGCUGUCUUCGAGAAAUCAGCCACAACGAGUUCAGGUGAUGAUUGGGAAACAGUUUGGUUUAGAGUGGACAGACUUUCAAGCUGAGCGAAAAACAGUCUUAAUAGUGCACGGAUUUCUAUCGCAUGGUGGAGAGUCAUGGAUUAGCGAUAUGGAAAAAUCAUUUCUCAAAUGGGGUGACGUUAACGUUGUGGUUGUAGACUGGAGCACGAGAGGAAAUACUUGGAAUUAUUAUAAAGCUGCAGUUAAUACGAGAGUCGUGGGAUAUCAAAUCGCAAGCUUUUUCGAACAUAUAGAGAAUGCGACGGUCGUUAAAAGCAAUCCGAACGGUGGUAAUUGGGGAUCUUUACAUUUAGUGGGUCACAGUCUUGGAGCACACAUUUGUGGAUUUGCCGCAAAACAGUUGAAAAGAAGGCAGAGUAAAUGGAUAGUCGAAAGAAUAACAGGACUCGAUCCUGCGCAACCAUGUUUCAAAGAUGCAGAUUCCACCGUGAAACUUCACAAGUCCGACGCAUUGUUUGUAGACGUCAUACACACCAACGGCAAACUGCUUUCGGAGAUUGGAUUGGGUUUGCCGGAACCUAUAGGGCACGUUGAUUUUUAUCCCAACGGUGGCAAAUGUCAGCCGGGUUGUAUAAAAAUAGACACUUCGUAUUUCGACUAUUUACCAAUUCCCCUUCGAGUUAUCGACAAAUCUAUAUGCAGCCAUGGACGGUCGUACAUCUAUUUGACGGAAUCUUUGAUGUCAGACGUUAAACACAAUUGUACUUUUUGGGCGCAUCAUUGGGAUUUAUCUUAUAGAAAUUUCAUGAAAAUAGCAGUGGAGCCCUGCAAUAAAAAUACCUGUACCGAAAUGGGUAUAAAUUCGAUAAAUUAUCCUCAGCGUGGAACAUUUUUUGUUGCUACCUCUAAUUCUAUACCGUUCUGCGUUAACAGCACUCGCGCGAUCGACGAAGUAGUAAUUCAGCUGAAGAGGGAUAAUGAGAACGAGCUCAACGACUGAGAUUUAUCGAUGAAUCGACAGU